AUGACGACGCAAGAGACCAGUGAGAUAAUUUUAAAAUUUGCGACACUAGCAGAUCAAAAUACUAUAAUUUGCCGUAUAUCUCCCUGCUUUUUUAACCUUAAUCGUAACCAGGAAACACCAACCGCUGUUACUACGAAAGUGCCAUCAGUAACUACGAUUGCAAGAACACUGAUCAAAGAGCCCACAGCCGAAGAGUCUAUGGUCCAUGAACCCAUAGCUGAAGAGCCUAUAGUCGAAGAGCCUACAACCGAAGAACCUGCAACCGAAGAACUUACAGUCCAACAGUUCAUAGCCGAAGAGUCAAUAGCCCAAGAAUCCACAGAAGAGCCCACAGCCGAAGAGUCUAUGGUUCAUGAACCCAUAGCUGAAGAGCCUAUAGUCGAAGAGCCUACAACCGAAGAACCUACAACCGAAGAGCUUAUAGCCAAACAGUUCACAACCGAAGAAUCUGCGAUCCAAGAACUCUUAGCUGAAGAGCCUACAGCCGAAGAGUCCACAACCGAAGAGCCUAUAGCCGAACAGUCCACAGCCGAAGAGCCUACCAAAAUCCUAACUAAAUUUCCCUCAAUUCGACGUUUCAAACAAUCAAAAACGUCGAAAAAAGCGACGAUAGAUUUCCGCAUGAAAAUAAAUGAAGUACUCUAUGAUUUUGGAAUUCAAUCUAAAUUAAAGUUAUCGAACAUUCUGAAAGUUAUUCCUCUAAUCAUUAUUUCUCUUCUCUUUUGA